AUGGCUGGUGGUAGUGUUGCUAAUACCAUUCGCGGUCUUAGUAGUGGUUUUGGAAUUUGUAGUGGAAUUAUUGGAGCUUGUGGAGAUGAUGAACAAGGGCAAUUGUUUGUUAAUAAUAUGUCGUCUCAUGGUGUUGAUCUUUCUAGACUCCAGAAGAAGAAAGGACACACUGCACAGUGUGUUUGCUUGGUAGAUGAAUUGGCUAAUCGAACAAUGCGGCCUUGUCUCUCAAAUGCUGUCAAAGUACAGGCUCAAGAGUUGACGAAAGAGGAUUUCAAAGGCUCCAAGUGGUUGGUGUUGAGAUAUGCAGUACUCAAUUUGGAAGUUAUUCAAGCGGCCAUUGAUUUGGCCAAACAGGAAGGUCUUCUUGUUUCCUUGGACUUGGCCAGUUUUGAGAUGAAUGCUGAUCCAAUAGCCGCCGUAGAAUUUCUUGCCAAAUACUGCGAAUGGGCUGUGGUAACAUUGGGAUCUAAUGGAUGCAUUGCUAGACAUGGGAAGGAUAUGAUACGUGUCUCGGCGAUAGGAGAAUCAAAGGCAACUGAUGCUACUGGAGCAGCACCUUAUGUUCUCACAGUCAACCGCAAUCAGUCUACUCACUUUUCCACAUCCACUGUCAACAGCAUCGCAAAUCAAGCUUCGGUUAUCCGCGAGCUUUAG